AAAGUCAACAUCCUUAUUGAUAAAGCUUUGUAUAAAAACUUGAUCACAGAAGUAUCACUGCAGAGGAAGAUUUUGGAAUAAGACACAUUUUCAUUGUCAGGUUAAAAUGGCACGUAUCAUCUUGACAUUGCUGUGCCUAUGGAGUUGCAUCGUGACUGUCACCCCGCUUACUGAAGAUCAAGUUAAAAGAGCGACAGAUUACAUCAGAAAACAUUUCAAUCCGAAUGAAGCAAACCAAUAUGCAUAUGCUGUUGUUUUCUCCAAACAAGAUCUUCUAAGUCUCAAUGGUGAAAAACCCAAAAUCUUACCAAAUGAAAUUCCCAAUGAAAUUGCCAAUGCCGUAAGGGAUGACAAAGUAACCUACACAGGAAGACAGAUGGUUUUGGCAAGAGCCAAAGAUGGGAAGACUAAUAAAAAAAUUCAUUCUGAAUAUCGUUUGCUGUUCCCACCAACUGGAUCCAGCGUCUCCCCCGUCCAGGACAUUGUGAAUAAGAAUCCUUCGCCAGCCUCUGCCAUCUUCUACACUCUCAACUCCCCAUGUGUGGAAAGGUGUGUCAAACCAGAUGACCAGAGGAAUAUUAUCGAGAAACUUGAGGUGUUUAAAAAAUAUAACAACAACAUCAACAACAUCAACAAAGCAUUUGUAUACAAUAAAUUGUAUAGUUUAAAUGUCAGCAAAAUAGAUGAAAUUUGGGAUGGUUUGAUGAGAAUUAAUGCGCACAUGGAUGUGUAUCGCUGCUUUGAUGGCAAAUGCCUCAGAUGCUUUGAUACCUCGAAAAACACAUACAAGAACAAAGACUUCUGUGUUGGUAAGAAAAAGAAGAAUUAAGGAAGCACACUUAUUAGUAACUGAAUUCAUUAUUUUAUGUUAUCUCGGAAAGCCCAGCUUUUCUUCAAAACUCCUUUAGUUUAAAGGGGUUGUAAAGGAUUUUUUUCCCCCCCUAAAUAGCUUCCUU